AUGUGGAGUCCUGUCAAGGAGGAGAAGGAGCAGCCAACCUACCUCAGGGAUCCCAAGGACCACAGAGAAAUAAUGCCAGAGUCCCGUAACCAAAAAAUCCCUUAUAAAAGGGACUAUCCAGAGGUGUUGAAAAUGAGGACAGAACCCUUUAAAGGGACUGUUGAUCCAAAAGUGGCUCUGGAUUGGUUAAAGAAGGUUGAAAGAGGUCCAAUAGCGAGCAGGAUGGCGAAGAAGGCCAUCAACGAGGGGGUCGAAGUUGAUCUGCAUGCUGCACUGGACUUGGAAGAAGUGUGUUAUGAGCUGCUGCUGAACACGAACGAUCGUCUGGAAGGCUUGGCAGCAUUUGCAGAAAAGUGA